GUUCCUCUGCCAGGCCCCAGGGAUGCUGAUGCACAGACCACACUUUGAGAACGCUGCCUGUGCUGCCACAGACCAGGGGCAGGGGCGGGAGAACAGUGGCCAAGUCGUCUCUCCUCUCUAGGCCAGUUUCUUCAGGACACACGAAAGCUAUGGCUGGCAAAGCACACAGGCUGAGUGCUGAGGAGAGGGAACAGCUGCUGCCGAACCUGAGAGCCGUGGGGUGGAACGAGGUGGAAGGCCGUGAUGCCAUCUUCAAGCAGUUCCAUUUCAAAGACUUCAACAGGGCUUUUGGGUUCAUGACAAGAGUGGCCCUGCAGGCUGAGAAACUGGACCAUCAUCCAGAAUGGUUUAACGUAUACAACAAGGUCCACAUCACCCUGAGCACCCAUGAGUGUGCAGGCCUUUCAGAACGGGACAUAAACCUGGCCCACUUCAUCGAACAAGUAGCAGCGUCCAUGACGUAGACCCUGCCCUUCCUCUUUGAAUUGCUCAGGGAAAGGCGUGACUAAACUGGGGACCCAGGGCGGGAGCUGAGCGCCCUUGGCCCUGAGACCCUGCUGCCUCUGUUGAGGGGCGAGUCCUUGAUGCGGGAAGAGGAUCCGGCAUCCCUGCCAACACCAGGAAUUUAGACCUUUUCCUUGUGCCACUCUCUGUCCUUGGGGCUCUGUUACAUUACACUAAUUUGAAUAAGCUCGCCCCUUUCUUUGCAACGUCUCAGCAACAGUAGUGAUUUUCUUUCUAGGCUGUGUCUUACUCGCUUUAUAAUUCAUUUCUCAAGAAGCUGUGAUAGAGGGUGAAAUAAAGUCUUACCUUAGAACCAGCACCCUAAAGUAAACCCUGUCCUAUGUGACAGAAACACAUGUGCUUUUAUGUAUCAAAUAAAAUUAUUGUAUCACUUGG